AUUAAUGCAGCACAUAAUUUCACCAAUUGCAAGGAGGAAGCAGAAGAUGAUGACACUUAUGUGCUUAUGUUAGGUUCAGAGACUCAAACAGCCACGACCAAGCAGAACCCAGCAGAUCAAUAUGGAAUUGGAUCAAGAUGCCAACAAGAAGCUGAGGUGGAUGAGGGAAAGAAAGAUGAUGUAGAAGACAGCAGAGAGGAGACAGAACAUGAAGAUCAAGAAAAGGAAGAUUCAUACAGCUUUCACAGCAGUCCUGACAAUUUAUAUGCCAGCAUACCUGGUGAUCUCAAAGAGAACAGAAGAGAUUUCUUUUUCUGUAAGAGGCCACCCCCUCCUCCUCCUCGAAAUCUGCCUGGCAUCCUAAGACAGGACAAUCUGCACAAUUUAUCACAAGAGAGGGAUUUUGUGGAGGACAGAAGUGAAAGAGAACAUGGUGAUGGACUCAUACCAGCAUGCUGCAGAGAAGACAAAGAUACGUGCAAGGGAGACAGCGAGGAGGAACACCCAUACACUAUUGUGAAAGUGGAUGACUCUGUGUACGAUUUCGUACUGGCUGAGGAGGAGGAGAAGGAAAGGAGAGAACGCAGGUCUUUCAUCGUCAACAGACCGCCAGCCCCUGCCCCUCGUCCCAUAUGUUCGCCGGUCAGAGAGGAGAACACUCCCUAUAUAGUGCAAGUGUUUCAGCAAAAGGCCACUCAAGUGCCCAGUGACAACGACAGGACGUACUGCGAUGCCAGGAAGCUCGCACACAGAGGCCACGCUGACACAGUAGCCGACAGCACUGUGAAACACAACAUCCCUGCUGGACAGGAAGAACUCAUCCGCUUGCAGGAACAGGUGAAAAAGGGAGCAAUUUCUGUGGAUGAAGCCCUUGACAGAUUUAAACAGUGGCAGAAUGAAAAACAGAGGCUACAGUCCACUCAACAGGAAAAAGUGCACCACCUUAGAGACACCGCUGUUGGAAACAGACUAGAAAAGGAAAACCUGAAUGGCAAGGCAAAGCUCAUGAUGAUGUGA